AUGGCCAAGUGCUACAUGCUAGCAUCUAUCUCAAAUGUUCUACAGCAUCAAAUGCAUGAUGUAGAACUAGUUUCAGACAUUAUGCUAAGUCUAAAGGAGAUGUUUGGUGAGCAAGGCCGUUCUACAAGGCAAGAAACCAUGAUCUCUAAUCUGCAUACUUUGGAGGUUUUAGGUGCCGAUAUUGAUGGAGAAUCCCAAGUGGAUAUGAUACUCCUGUCACUACCAGAAUCAUUCAAGGAAUUCAAACUUAACUAUAAUAUGAACAAAAAGAUUUAUACAUUGUUUGAAGUAAUAAAUGAAUUGGUAGCGGCAGAAGGCAUUCUUGGUACUUCUAGUGUUGAUGCUAAUAUGGCUGAAGCUUCUACUUCUCAACCUAAGUCGAAAGGCAAGGGUAAGAAGAAGAAGGACUUCACCAAGCAAGAGGGUAAACAAAUUGUCUUAGGGGAUGCCGACAAAGGAAAAAAGAUCAAAGGAAAGUGUUUCCAUUAUGGUGAGAAAGGACAUUGA